AUGGUGGAUGUAGGAUGCCAUAUACUUGUUUACUUAUUUUACAGACAGAAGAUGCCCUUAGCAGCACAGGGAGUUAACUUUGUAACAGUGACUGAGAGAGACAAAAAUCUAACGACUCCGGGUCACUGUUAUAACGAUGAACUUCCUCCAUGCAGUAUUGGGUCUCAUAAUCUUUCUGCUCCUUUGGCUGCGGGCUUUUUCCUGAAAGCCCAGUGGUAUUCAAACUUCUGUCGUCUUGGUAACUUUGCCAUCCCUGAAACCUUGAAGUGUCUCUCCAAUAAAAACCUUUACUUCCAUGGUGACUCGACUGCCAGACAGUAUUAUGAAUAUCUCUUGAAAGUUCUGAAGAGUACUCUUAAACCUAAUCCACCAACCAAACAAUCAAAUUGGAAAGUUGGCCCUUCACUGGCUGAAGACAAAGUCAAUAAUUUUACAGUUCAUUAUCGCCAUCACGGAUACCCGAUCCGGAAUAACUGGACCGAUGCCUCCGAAGUGCAGUAUAUUGAAGAAGCUCUCGAUACGCUAGAAGCAACUUCUGAUACAAUCUACAUGUUUACAAUAUGGGCGCAUCUAACCACAGUAGACAUGUCUUUCUAUGAGCAUAGAGUGAAAAGGAUAAAAGCCGCGGUGGAAAGAUUACACCGCCGGAGCCCGGGAACGCUUGUCGUCAUUAAAAGUGCGAAUACCCGCAAGCACUCGGGCACGUCGUCCUUGACAGCGAGUGAUUGGUACGCAAGAGAAUUGGAUUUGAAACUCAGAGAAAUAUUCAAAGGCUACGAUAAGAAAAUAGGGUUCAUAGAUCAGUGGUCGAUGGUGGUUGGAUGCUCAAAUAAAGACGCUGUUCACCCAGGUGAAGGAAUUAUUAAAAGUGGAAUGCGUAUACUGCUCUCAUAUAUUUGUCCUUAAAGGACAAG